AUGUUAAUGUCCGCUGGGUUUUUUUUAUAGCAUCAAAGACUCGGGACAUAUCCUUAUCAUCCAAAUGUGUAUGGCCAUCUCCAGUGUAAGCAUUGUGUUAACCUGCACUUCUUGUUUCUUUCUUUUUAUGCAGCUACGUUUGGUACAUACCCAUCACGUGGAAGACGUCAACUAAUGUUUCCGCAAUCAAAUGGCUAAAUGAACAAGAGGAGGUUUUCUCAGAUCUUGUUCAUCCUACGUCAUGGGUGAUCCUAAACGUGGAAGCGAUGGGAUACUACCGUGUGCACUAUGAUGAUGGAAAUUUCCAGCACCUACUGGAUCAACUCAACCUGAACCAUUCUGCUAUACCACUUCAAAAUCGAGCUCAGCUUAUUGAUGACACAUUCAGCCUUGCAACAGCUGCAAAGGUGGCUAUUGAGAAAGCAUUGGAGACCACUGUAUAUUUGGAAAAUGAAGAUGAGUAUGUUCCAUGGAGAACAGCCCUCAACAACCUCGGAUACAUCAACGAGAUGUUCUCCACCUCCAAAUACUAUGGGAGUAUCCAGGCAAGAAAAAAACAGGCGCACCUAUUGAUCACGCAUCAUUCAAUACUAAUCCUCUUUUGAUGUUAAAUUGAAUUGUGUGAAAUGUGUAAAUAAAAAAAAU